GGCGGGCGGGCCCUCCUUUACGCACAUUCCAGACUCCUCCUUUCUCCCGGUUGCGUACGCCGCCCGAGAGCAGCGUGGGGCUGCCGAGCGAUCUACCCAUAUGGGUCAGGCUGAGGGGCGGUGAAGCAACUCGGGCACUUUCCCAGGGAUGAGUCAGAGGACGGCGGGAUCGGCCUGACGGGGCGCAGGCCGGCCAUGCAGCGGCAGCCCGAGCCCUCUUCAGUCGCGUGCUUCCCGGCGCCGAGGUGCCAGGAGGAGCAAUCGCCGAAGCGCUCCGCUGCCCCGGACUCUCCGCCUGGGCGGCUCGGCCCCCUGCACCCUUCGCGGUGCCGGCAUCGCUAGCGCCUUCGCCUUCCUUUAUGGAUCCCAGAGAAGCCCAGGACGGGAGCAGCCCGGAGCUGGGCCGGAGGAGGCAGCUGAGCGUGGGGGAGCUGUGCUCGCUCUUCGAGGCUCGCUGCGCGAUGGCCAGCCGGCAGCUGCCCGAGCCUGCCCGGAAGAGCUGCCGUCCCCGCAACGGGGUGCUGCAAGCGGUUAUCCCGCAGCUGACCGUCACUUCGGAGGAGGACGGCGGAGAGGCGCAGCGCAGCCCUGCCAUGCUGCCUCCCGCGGAGCCCAACGGUGCCUGGCUGACCACGGACAGCUCGCUGCACCUGCUGCAAUCCUCCAGGCGGCUCUCGACGUCGUCGCUCUCCUCCACGGGCUCGUCGUCGGUCUUCGAGGACUCCGAGGAUGACCUGCUGAGCGACACGGAAGGCAGGAGCCAAGGGAUCGUUCACUUGGAGCACGGCGAGGAGACGCACCAGAAAAAGGCAUGGCAGACAAUAAAGACAAUUGUCAAUUUGCCAGUCAUCAGUCCCUUCAAAAAGCGAUAUUCUUGGGUGCAGCUGGCUGGUCACACUGGAAGUUUUAAAGCAGCCGAUGCUGGGACGAUUCUGAAACGCCACUCUGAGAAUGAGGAGAAGUGCUUUGAACAGCUGAUGAAAGAUUCACUGCAUUCCUGUGUCCCUGUCUUCCAUGGUGUGGUGGAGAGAGAUGGCGAGUCCUAUUUACAGUUGGAUGAUCUUCUAGCUAAUUUUGAAGGGCCUUGUGUGAUGGAUUGUAAAAUGGGAGUCAGGACAUAUUUGGAGGAAGAAUUGACUAAAGCACGAGAAAAACCGAAGCUCCGUAAAGAUAUGUAUAAGAAGAUGAUAGAUGUGGACCCUUUGGCACCCACUGCUGAAGAGAACACACAGCAUGCGGUGACCAAACCUCGGUACAUGCAAUGGAGGGAGACCAUCAGCUCCAGUGCUAGCCUGGGUUUCAGGAUCGAAGGGAUAAAGAAGGCUGAUGGGACUUGUAAUACCAGCUUCAAGACAACAAAGACACGAGAACAAGUUUUCCAGGUUUUUGUGGAAUUCAUUAAGGGAAACACAACUAUAUUGAAAAAAUAUUUAAAGCGUCUGCGUGAAAUUCGUGGCAUCCUUGAGUCUUCUGUCUUCUUCAGGCAACAUGAGGUAAUUGGAAGUUCACUGUUAUUUGUGCACGAUGAAAGUGAACAUGCCAAUGUGUGGCUCAUUGAUUUUGGAAAGACUACCUUUCUUCCAGAUGGGCAAAUCUUGGACCACAGAAUUGCUUGGCAAGAAGGGAACCGGGAAGAUGGAUAUUUAUUUGGACUGGACAAUUUAAUUGAUAUCUUAGAAAGUAUGUUGGAGAGAUGAGAAAUACUAACAUGAAGUUGCUAACUUUUCUAGAAUUGCUCCCUCCGAAGCCUUUUAAAAUUCUUCCAGAACCUUGGAGGUGUCCAGAAUAUGGAAGACUUCAGCAAAAAAGAUGUAAUUCCUAACCAACCAUGAAACCUAAACAGUUCAGAAGCUAACAUUGAAUGCACCAAGCAAACAUAAGAUUUAUGCAAGAAAUAGGAUGAUUGUGAACAUUUGGAUGAUGAUCAGAACAUUUGCUUACAUGUGAACCAACUAAUUCAGUAUUGCUGUUUAUUGACCUUGGGCUUAGAGUAAAUAUAUAUAUAUAUAUAUCAGAGAUCUCCUUCAAAGAAGAAAUCUUCAAAACCAACAAGCAGGCUUCCCUCCUUUCUCCAGCGUUUACACUGUAAAUAUUCCCGUGUUUGCAGAUGUGCAACACAUCUUGGAACUUGGUGCAGAAUAUAUAGAUUCAUAGUUUUCCUUUUUUUAAAAAAAAAUAAAUACUCUAGUUUCUAUUCUUGUACAGGAAAAAAAAAAUGAAAAUAUGCACAGAAUGCUGCUGAAGCUUCAGAAACCAAAUGGUAUCUCAUAGACAAUGCAAGAAUUUACUCUUGAUCCUAGCCUCACAGUCUAACUUUCUCUUUCUUUGCUAAGCCAUGUUUCCCUUGAAUUAGCUUUUUUUCCUUCCCAUUCCUGCAAAAAUAUUAUGCACUUUGUCAGUACAACUACCCCUUCCAAACACUGAAUACCAAAUUAACCUGUUUAACUUGCUCACGUCUAAGUAGAUAGAUUUUUAAAUUGCCAUAUAUAUAAAAAACUCUGGGUAUAAUUGACAUAAAACCAAUGUGUGCAAAGGACAUGAAUAGCCAUAUUUAUUCUGUUUCAGAAUUAGUGAGUAACUGUCUCUGUGUGUUUGACUCUCUCUGCUAGAGAUGCUGAACAAUUCUAAAAGCUAAAAUGUUGGUUCUCAUUUAAAGAGUUUGGUUUGCAUUAAUCUAAUUGCAUUAAUGUUUCUAAUUGCUAACAUGUUUAAAAAUAGCCUGGGACUGAUUUUAAGGCUCCUAAAUUUAAGAUUCUUGUAAUCCAAGAAAUUGUAGAGACAAAGAAGAGCCAUGUAUUUUAAGAUAUUUAGCUUCAGGAUAAAUUCAGUGUGUGUGAAUACAGAAGUGACACCUAAUCAGUCACUAUGUAUUUGAAUAUUUGUGGGAUCCUACUUUAAUGACUCAGUUUAUGAAAUGAAACAAUUAUUAAUUUAUCUAGUUGACACAGAUUUUUUCCCCCACAUCCAGGGACUAAAUCUUCAGCCUUGUCACUCAGCGAUAAAACAGUUUAAUCACCAAGUGGCUUCCUCACUUUGCACUUCUAUUUGGGUCUACUAGCAGGCUUUUGAAGGUAUAAGGGAAAAAUUAUCAAGCAGAAAGUUUGUGUUUCAGGUUUUUGAUAUUUAGGCUUUGUGUUAAAAAUCCACUCGGUACAUCAGUUAAAUCUGGUAUAUUUAAUUGAUUGAUUGGAUAAAGGCUUAGGAAGUGAAUUUAACAAAAGAGAAACCUUGCAAUAUUAAUUCUUGGUUCUUGUUUUUUUUUUUUAAUUUGAUUUAUAUGCCACCCUUCUCCGGAGACUCAGGGCGGCGUACAAUGCGUUAAGCAAUAGCCUUCAUACUUUUUGUAUAUUUAUACAAAGUCAGCUUAUUGCCCCCACAAACUGGGUCCUCAAUUUACCUACCUUAGAAAGGAUGGAAGGCUGAGUCAACCUUGAGCCUGGUGAGAUUCGAACUUACAGUAAUUGCAGACAGCUGGUGUUAAUCACAGUGCUUUCAGUCUGCUGAGCCACCAGGAUUUGAGAUAGGCUUGAAGUCACACUGAUCAAAAAUUAAGACAAGCUGAUUUUACAGAGUAUAUUCCCCCUGUUUGCUACAGUCUAGCCAUAUAAAUUCAAUGAUUAUGUGACCUAACAUUUACCCUGUGCUAUUGUGAUUCAAGGCUUUGUGUGUGCUUGCUUAGAGUUCUUUUAGGCCCUAUAGCAAACCUGAAGAUAUCUUCUCUUCAAUAAUGGAGGAAGAAAAAGUAGUCCUUCUAUACCAGUUGGGUGACCAUCCUACCUCUGUGGCUCCAUUUCUGUGGCCUUCUCUAUAGUUCCGUAGCAUGUUAGUGUCAUCUUAAUGGCUAGAGCUGCCAAAAUACUUUUCAGCUUUUCAAAUAUCUGAGGCUAAUUUUUGUUUGACAUAGUAUUUAAUUUCCUUUUCUCCAUAAAACAGUAGAGGAUAACCUUUCUCAUCCUUAGGGACUUCACUAAGUAGGCAAGGCUGAAAAUGUGACCCAGUUUUCUGGUUUUAGAAUGAAAAUGGCAUUUACUUCUUCCCUUAAAGUUCUAAGACUUUAAGGAAAAAAAUAAUAUUGUCCUGAUGUUUUGGUUGGUCCAGGAGAGGAUAUUAAGGAGUAACAUUAAUUUUAAAAAAUGGGCUUAAAAUUCAGUCCCACCCACCUUGGGAGGUUCUGGAGACUACACAUUUUUAAAUGCUAGAGCCCUGUGUUUUUUCUACUCUUCAUGUAGUCCGGGGUCCCCAACCCUCCCAGUCCAUGGACUGGUACCGGGCCACGGCAUGCCAAAACCUGGGCUUCACAAACAAGUGAAGCCCCAUCUGCUGGGUGCAGGCAGCAGGUGAAACCCUGCCCCCUCUGGUCCGUGGAGAAACCUCCCUCCAUGGAAUUGGUCUCUGGAGCCCAAAAGGUUGGGGACCGCUGCUGUAGACAGUCUGAUGAGCAUUAAUAUAUAAAAACGGCCUCCCAUUUGCUUGUCAGUUUCAGCAGAUUCACAAGUCAGUUUCAGCCAUUCUUUAAUUCUUUCAUCUCCAUGUCUCUUUGGGUCUAAUUUCAGAAUGGAUGAGAUGAUAUAACAUUUUGCUAUUCCAUUGUGCAAAAAAUCUAGAAGGCUCUGAUGUACACUAAAAAGCAGAUAAAUAAAAUAAACCCACACUUAUAGAUAAAUCCUUGUUCAAUAAAUUGAAGCCGUCCCAGCAAUACAACCGUCAUUAGGUUGAAGAAUUCAAAGUUGCUGUUCACAGUUUUUAAACUUUCAUAGCAACCCCUGAGUGUAAUGUGAGAAUCUUCUGACAUAACUAAUUUUAAAUUAAACUUAUAAUUGGCCAGAAUUUUUUAAAAUGGCUACUAAAUAUAUUUUUGUAUGUGUAGAUUAUUUUUUUAAAAAUAGGUCUUAUUAAGUUAUCUGGAUGUAGAAUUUUGUGUAAUAAUUAGAUAUGGGAUUGGAAAUUAUGAUUUGGAACAAAAUUAUUUAAAAAUGUAUUUCAGCCUAAAAGUUAUUUAGUUUUUUUAAAAAUGAAAACAUCUCAUUUAUAUAUUGCUACUUCUUAUACAUAUUGAGAAAGAGCUCAGGACACCAGAAAGUUUUAUAAUAAAUUUUGUCUGUGAUUUUCCAUUCCAUUUUCAAAGCAUUCCAAGCCUAUCCUUUCCCCAAAGCCCCUUUCUUCAGUUCCUUCCAUCAUGAGCCAACAAUGCUUAACUCUUUCUUGGGGAUGAGGCAGGAGCAUGGCAGGCAGCUGCUCUUCAAUUGAAAAGUGAAGAAUGAAAUCAAUGAAUAAAAUCUGCAUUUUAGCUGCCUCUGAAAAAAAAAAGGGCAGUCCGGAAUUGCCAAGCUCUGCAAUGUUGUUGUUUGAAAUGCAUCCUAGCCAGGUUAUAUGUCAAGGGUAUGUCCAGAUGCAGAUAUGUUGUAACACUAUCAUGGAGGUAGGACUUCAUGGAACUAGAUAGCAAAAGUGGCUUUGGAAUAAUUUUGUUUUCAUUUUCUUUAGACUAGGGUUUUCCAAAUGAUGGAUUGUUAGAGGGAUAUGCAGAUGGUAUCUUGGUGCACUCCAGGUGUUUAAGAUUAUGCAUUUCAAUAUUUUUGGUUAAUUCCAAACAACUGGAAGAAGUUAAUAAGAAUUUUGGUUGAAAACAUCUAUGGUCACUAUGAUGCCAACUCCUAGUAGAGGUUUCAAGGGAAGAGUUUAAAAUAGAAUCUUGUCAUGUUUUAUCUUGAGUGUCGUGGUAGAUAACACUAUAAAGGCAAGCUCCAUAUAUCCACCUUCCCCCCCCGAAAAUGUUUUAGUUAACCUCCGGUUUUGAUUUUGAGAGUUUAGAAAUACUUUGGUAUUUCUCUGUACUUACGUAUAGAGACUCUCCUUCUCUCCCUUGUAUAAAUUUUGCAUCUGGCAAUCUCUUACCUGCUGUUGUCUGUUCAAAGGGUCACUGAGUUUUUGUUGCCUUCUGCUUUUUUUUUUUAAUCAUUACCCUAAAUUGCCUCUCCAUCUAAUUUCUGAUAGCCAAUCUGUAGAUCCUGACUAGUUAUUGCUCAGGCUACAGACAUAUAAUAAUACACAAAGGAUAGCUUUUGUCUUUUCUAAUUUCUCUUCUUUGUAUCCUGAUCUUUGCAAGCUCUCCUUGGUAGGUUUGGUCUACCAUAUAUGACCAUAAUUAUCUUCUCUGGUGCCUUUUAGCUGUUUUAUUAAAAUGUGGUCUUUAGGGCUAUCUAGGAGAAACAGAUAGUUCCUAAAAAGAUCCUGAUCAAGGAAAUUUUAUGAAAUACGUUUCGCCCCCCCCCCCCCCCCCUUUAAAAGAAACAGCUGCCAUAAGUUUCAGUGGGGAAAAUGACACACUGAAAAUUACUUCAAAUUCAGUGCCACAAACAUUUACCUCUCCUUACACUUUCCAAGAAAUAUUUCUUUCUCUACUUCUUUAAAAAGUAGACAUGCUUUUCACACAGGGUUGUUGUGGGACUCCAUAUGUUGUUGUGAUGCAUUUACUUAGGAGCUGAAAGGAAAAGUGCAAUAUAGAGAAUGGCAAAUAAUUUUGUACUUAAAAGAGUUUUACAAUCCAUUGAGAAUUUAGAGUUGUGGAUUUGAAAUAGAAAAAGCUGGAUCCUCUCCUGCUGAAUUCUAUGAAUCAUUCAUGAUGAGAAAUUAUGCUUUCAGAUAGCCAAGUUGACUUUAACUACAACUCUAGUUUUAUUACUACUAGCAUACAAAGAGUUUUUCAUUUAUAGACAAUGUUGUGCCAAACACUACAGUGUGAAGAAUUUGGGUAUCCUAAUUGUAUGGGUUUAAGAACCUGAGUAGUCAAAAUGUGCUAUAACAAAUAAAUAUAAUUAAAAACAUGUUCAUUAAUUUUUUAAUGUU